AGAUUAAAACUGGCUGCUUUUGGCACUCAGAGAGCAGCAUCUCCAGGAUUGAUCUGUGUGUCUAUGAAUAACUCCAUGGCUUUGCCUCCUGAAUUCACUGAUGGAGCUGUGAGGUCUGUCUCUGGUAAGAGAUUAAAAAUGGCUGCUGUUGACACUCAGAGAGCUGCAUCUCCAGGAUUGGACUGUGUGUCUAUAGGGAGUAGCAACUCCAUGCCUUUGCCUCCAGAAUUCAGUGAUGGAUAUCUUGUGAGGUCUGACUCUGGUGUGAAUUGUGGAGAAGAGCCCAGGGUUGCAUCAAAACUACAAAAAUACGCCUGUGACCUCACACUGGAUCCAAACACAGCAAACACUCUACUUGUUCUGUCUGAGGGGAACAAAAAGGUGACGAGUGUGAGACGGAGACAGUCUUAUCCUGAUCAUCCAGACAGAUUUGAUGGGUAUCUUCAGGUUGUGAGUAAAGAGAGUCUGACUGGACGCUGUUACUGGGAGGCUCAAUGGAGCGGACCAUAUGCUGAAAUAUCAGUGUGUUAUAAAGGAAUCAAGAGGAAAGGAUGGAGUUAUGACUGUUGGUUUGGACACAAUAAUAAGUCCUGGAGUCUGAGAUGCUCUAAUCACUCAUUUACGGUCUGGCACAAUGAUAAAGCCAAAGUCAUCUCUCUUAGUCCAGACUCCAGCAGGACAGUAGGAGUGUUUGUAGACGAGUCGAGCGGCUCUCUGUCCUUCUACAGCGUCUCUGACACACACAAACUCAAACGCUUACACACGUUCCACACCACAUUCACUGACACACUAUACGCUGGAUUUAUUGUUUCCCCAAAUUCUUCAGUUUCCCUGCGUCCCAUUAAAUAUACACGCAAAAACAAGAAGAACACACGCACACACUCAUGCUUCAUCCACAUAAAGACACACCCUGUGCACACACGUACAGUUACACAGACACACAGGCCAAACAGACUUGCAAGCACACAUAAACACAACGCGUACACAUACACACACCAACAAACACACAUGCACAGACACACACUUCGCACCACACACUCGCACUCCACAUACACAAAUCCAACACCACAUGCACACACAGUCACUCACUUGUUUACACACUUGCUUUCUGUUGCUACCUUGUGCUGCUGCUCCUUCCUUGCUUUAUUAUAUCUACUCUUUAAACUCAACACUUGAUCUGAGUUACACAAUGCUGUUUUUAUUAGUUUUUGCAUAUUAUUUUUUUUUUUUUCAAAACUACACAAAUUGAAGAACUCAUUCAUUCAUUUUCCUUCGGCGUAGUCUCUAUUUCAGAGGUCGCCACAGCGGAAUGAAUCGCCAACUAUUCCGGCAUAUGCUUUACACAGCAGAUGCCCUUCCCGCUACAACCCAGCAUUGGAAAACAUCACACUCAUUCACACACACACACACACACACACGCACACACACACACACACACACGCACACGCACACGCACACACACACACACACACACACUCAUACACUAAAGCCAAUUUCAUUUAUUCAUUUUCUUUCAGCUUAAUCCCUUUAUUCAUCAGGGGUUGCCACAGCAGAAUGAACUGCCAACUAUUCCAGCAUAUGUUUUAAACAGCGGAUGCCCUUCCAUCUGCAACCCAGUACUGGAAAACACCACACUCAUUCACACACACACACACACUCAUACACUAAGGCCAAUUUCAUUUAUUCAUUUUCUUUCAGCUUAGUCCCUUUAUUCAUCAGGGGUCGCCACAGUGGAAUGAACCGCCAACUAUUCCGGCAUAUGCUUUACGCAGCAGAUGCUCAUCCAGCCACAACCCAGCAUUGGAAAACACCACACUCAUUCACACACACACACACACACACACUCAUACACUAAGGCCAAUUUCAUUUAUUCAUUUUCUUUCAGCUUAGUCCCUUUAUUCAUCAGGGGUCGCCACAGCGGAAUGAACCGCCAACUAUUCCGGCAUAUGCUUUAUGCAGCAGAUGCUCUUCCAGCCACAACCCAGCAUUGGAAAACACCACACUCAUUCACACACACACACACACACACACACACUCAUA